AUGGAUGACCGAUGGGACCCACAUCAGUUUACGCCUGCUGGACAAUCGUGGGAUGAAGUUGCGGUAUUUGAUGAGUCAGAGGAUGGUUUGGUAUUUGAUGAGUCAGAGGACGAUUUGGUAUUUGACUAUGAAGGUUUGACAAAUGCGAAUGAAGAAAAUACUGAAGUUAUCAAUGAUCUCGAUGGCGAAGAAUAUGAAGAAUGCGAAGUAAUUACAAGCGAUAAUAUUUGGGAAUAG